UCGCGUGCACUUCUCAUGCUGUGCACUGAACACCUGUAAGAUGUGGAUGUUAACAACAGCUGGGUGGAAAUCAUGAGGUGCCAUUAAGCCCAUGCAAAUCCUCUGAAAUUUCAUCAGAAUGACUAAUUGGACAAACGUGUCCAGCUGCCCGUUCAGCAUCACUUUAUGCGCUGAGGACAUUAUGGACAGUAAUGCAACUGCUGAGGACUUUGAGUACCCGGUCCAUCUCUUCCCAGCCCCAAUACUGACUGGCAUCACAGUGACGUGCUCUUUCCUGUUCCUCGUCGGAAUUGCUGGGAACCUGUUGACCAUUUCGGUGGUCACUAAAUACAAAGACAUGCGAACCACCACUAACCUUUACCUCUGCAGUAUGGCACUUUCAGACCUGCUCAUUUUCCUCUGCAUGCCCCUCGACCUGUACCGGGUCUGGCGGUAUCGACCGUGGAACUUUGGCGACGAGCUGUGCAAACUCUUUCAGUUUGUGAGUGAAAGUUGCACGUACUCCACCAUCCUCAACAUCACCGCGCUGAGUGUGGAAAGAUACUUCGCCAUCUGCUUUCCCUUCAGGGCAAAAGUCAUCGUCACGCGGGGUCGGGUAAAAGUGGUGAUUUUACUCCUCUGGACUGUGGCUCUGUGCAGCGCGGGACCUAUAUUCAUUCUGGUUGGGGUCGAGCACGAGAACGGCACCAACUCCUGGGAAACCAACGAGUGUAAAGCGACCGAAUAUGCCAUCCGGUCCGGACUGCUUACUAUGAUGGUUUGGGUCUCCAGUGUGUUUUUCUUCCUCCCGGUCCUCUGUUUGACAGUGUUAUACAGCCUCAUAGGCAGAAGGCUGUGGAGAAGAAAGGAGAAUCCAGUCGGGGCCAUUUCUAGUCGAGAUAAGAAUAAUAAACAAACGGUCAAAAUGCUAGCUGUGGUGGUUCUUGCGUUUGUUCUCUGCUGGCUGCCGUUCCACGUGGGUCGUUAUCUCUUCUCCAAGUCAUCCGAGGCAAAUUCUCCCAUCAUCUCCCAAAUCAGCGAAUACUGCAACCUGGUCUCAUUUGUGCUGUUUUACCUCAGCGCUGCGAUCAACCCAAUCCUCUACAACAUCAUGUCGAAGAAGUACAGGAGCGCGGCGUGCAAACUGUUCGGAGUGAGGCGCGCUCCCGGACGAUCAGUGCAGAGCAUCGUGAACGCGGAGAGUUUUUCGGUGUGUAAUGAAUACAGCUGGAGCACGUGACAUAGGAAAAGUCGUUUUGAAACGUGCACUUUUCAACACAGACUAAAAAGACUAUAA